CAGGAAGCCGGCUUUCUGGAAGUCUGGUGGCUCCACCUGCGCCAAGUCCGUGUGCGCGGAGUCGGGAAGGCCCUGCUCGCGGUUCUGUUUCCGGGCAUUGAGGACGCUGUUCGCGGUCGACGUGAUCGUUAACAAUCUGGUCCUUAUUUUACCCGGUACCCCCUCCCUCCCCCCCGAGAAAGAAAGAGAAGGGAGAGCUGAGCUGUAAUUACGGCUCUUUGAUCCCGCUGCGGCGUGUCCUUGAGGCGGCCCAGCGGCGAGGUGUGCUGCUCGGUCUGCAGGCUAGGUGUGACAGGGGAGUGGUCCCGCAUCUGCUCCUCGGGUGUCCGGCUGUGUCGCCGCCGGGCCCGCGAGGGAACGACUUCACUUGCUGCCAUUGAGAGGAGACGGUAGUCAGCCUUGUAGACGUGAUGGCAGAGCUGUCUCCUUGCAGAGGCGUCUGCUUACGGCGGGAGCUAUUGCAGAUCCCAACCCCCUGCUAGACUAAUAAGUGGAGAGGAACAUUUUUCAAGCAAGAAGUGCCUGGCUUGGUUUUAUGAGUAUGCAGGUCCUGAUGAAGUUGUAGGGCCAGAAGGAAUGGAAAAAUUUUGUGAAGACAUUGGUGUUGAACCUGAAAAUAUUAUUAUGUUAGUUUUAGCGUGGAAAUUGGAGGCUGAAAGCAUGGGAUUUUUUACCAAGGAAGAAUGGUUAAAGGGGAUGACUUCAUUACAGUGUGACUGCACAGAAAAGUUACAGAACAAAUUUGACUUUUUGCGCUCACAGUUGAAUGAUAUUUCUUCGUUUAAGAAUAUCUACAGAUAUGCCUUUGAUUUUGCAAGGGAUAAAGAUCAGAGAAGCCUUGAUAUCGACACUGCUAAGUCUAUGCUCGCCCUGCUGCUUGGAAGGACAUGGCCGCUGUUUUCAGUGUUUUACCAGUACCUGGAGCAAUCGAAGUAUCGUGUUAUGAACAAAGAUCAGUGGUACAAUGUGUUAGAAUUCAGCAGAACCGUCCAUGCCGAUCUUAGUAACUACGAUGAAGAUGGUGCUUGGCCUGUUCUUCUCGAUGAAUUUGUUGAGUGGCAGAAAAUCCGUCAGACAUCAUAGCAAGAGCUCUUGUGGAGAAAAUGCAAACCUUCUGAUGCCCACGUGUGUGCAGGCUAAUGAGAGGAGAAAUCCAAAGGCUGCAUUUUCCUUCAUGUGAAAGACUUCUCCUAGUACUUUGUUUUCCUUUUUUUUAAAAGGAAGUUUUCUUGUUACAUGUGAUGGGCAUUGAGCCACACCUCUUCUGAGACUGAGUAUCCAAGUUUUGUUUUGGGUUAUGUUUAUAACAUUUAUUUCAGAACAAUAAAGAUUCAGAUUUGUGACAAAGGCCUUAAAGUGAA